CCCCUGUCACGAGCUUGUAGAAAUAUAAACAUCUUGUUUAAAGUUUUAAAGUCACAUUAGAGACGCUCAAAUAAAGGCACGUCGUGAGUUAUGCACGCGCCGGUGUCAAUAAAAUUCAAAUUGUUAGUUAUUGCUUUUAAAUAAGAACUUGCAUAAGGAACCAGCAAAGGAACCACGUGAGAAAUGAGGCACAGUUACAAAAGCACUAACGCAGAUCAGAAACACCUACAACCUUGACUGAGCACGACAGCGGUGCAUUAUGCAAUUACUUAUCAGAAUCUAGAACAGGUUUAAUAAUGUCAUGAAGGUUUAGAAUGACGACGGGACGAUGCAUUUCGCAGACUUCUUUGCAGGAUCAUUUGGAGGAGCAUGUGGUGUGGCGGUCGGUUAUCCACUGGAUACUGUCAAAGUCAGAAUCCAAACUCAGAAACAGUUCACUGGAAUCUGGCAUUGCAUCGUAACCACCAGCAAGAAAGAAGGGGUUCAUGGUUUCUUUAAGGGAAUGGCUUUGCCGAUCACUACUAUAUCCCUGACGUCUUCUGUGGUGUUCGGCACCUACAGGAACUGUCUGCAAUGUUUGGCUCAGAUCCGCGGGAUCGGCGCUCCCAAAACAAAGCUCGAUGUGUUUCUGUCCGGUCUGGCGGCUGGAGUGGCACAGGUGUCUGUAAUGUCGCCGGGCGACUUGGUGAAGGUUCGUCUUCAGUGUCAGACGGAGAGCAAGAGAAGCGGACUCCAACCCAAAUACAGCGGUCCGAUCCACUGUGUGCUGAGCGUGGUCCGAGACGAGGGCGUCUCCGGCCUCUACAGAGGAGCUGUGCCUCUGGCUCUCAGAGACGGGCCGGCGUUUGCCACAUACUUCUUGACCUACAGCUCUCUGUGUUCACUGCUCACACCUGCAGGACAGAAAGAGCCAGAGUGGACAGCGGUGCUGUUGUCCGGUGGAUUGGCAGGGACGGCCGGAUGGUCAGUCGGGACACCCAUGGACGUGAUCAAAGCCCGUCUGCAGAUGGACGGCGCUCGAGGAGCGAGGAGAUACCGAGGACUGCUUCACUGUGUGACCGAGACGCUCCGCAACGAAGGGCCAGGGAUCUUCUCCCGAAGCCUGGGAAUAAACUGCCUGCGAGCGUUUCCCGUCAACAUGGUGGUGUUCGCCGUCUACGAGGUUUCUGUCCGGGGUCUCAGGUCAGCGUCUCUGGAUCGACUCUAAAGAUGGUGUGUGUGCAUGGUUUA